AUGGGGUUAGGAAAAUACUGGCUUAGAUUUUUGAUAAUCAUAGUUGUUUUAAUUGUAUUCCGACAGUUUGUUAAAACGUGGACAGGAAUUUUAGAAGAUAUUCCAGUUAAUUCACAGAUAAAUGAAAAUGAUGAGGAGAAUGUGGACGUAGUUAAAGCAAAAGAUGUACAAAAAGUUGUUGUCGCUGUUUAUUAUGAAGCAUUGUGUCCAGAUUCACGUGGGUUUGUGAUAAGACAUGUCGAGCCAACGUAUCAAAAGCUACCUGAUAAUACUACUGAGCUACCAAAUGGCUAUAAAUUUACAUGUCAACACGGUCCAAGAGAGUGUGAAGCAAAUAUGAUUCAUGCUUGCGCUAUCGACAUUAUUAAAAAUCCUGCUGUUCAAUUAAAUUUCUUAACAUGUAUGAUCGAGCAUAAUUUAUGGCCAGUAAAUAUAACUCGUACGUGUGCUGAAAAAUAUCAUUUAGAUGCAGAGCCUAUAUUAAAUUGUAGUAAAACAAAUCGAGGUCCUGAAUUAUUGGCACAAUAUGGCAAAAUGACACAUGCAUUGAAACCUCCCAUUACUUUUAUACCUACAAUUACUCUCGAUGGUGAUUCCGAUGAUCAGUCAUCAAUUUUAAUAAAUUUAUUACAAGAAGUUUGUAAGAAAUUUAAAGUUCUUCCCGAUGGUUGUAAAACACUUCCAGUAGAACAAUCUUAA